AUUUACCAGACAGGGCGGACUCGUCCCUUGCUCCACCCCAUUGAAGCGCGGAAACUUCCGGUCCGCUCAGUUGUUGUUUGACGGACUUUAUUAAAGCUGUGGGCCUGAGGCCGGGAGCGGCGACAAUAAACACCAGCGCAAGAAAGAAGAGGAGGGAGAGGGGUUGUGGUGGACAAGAGGGUAGGGAAGGAAUGUACCGGUAAGGAGGUGCGUCCAUCUAUCCAUCCAUCCAGCGAGCGAGGGGGUGAGGCAGCACCGAGCCGCCGCCGACGACGACGGACUGAGCCGGAGAGCGGCCGGAGCCGCCACUGUCACCGCCGGCGACGCGGGGCAGCUGACAGGGAGCAGGGAGGGAAACCCCGCGGCCGCGGCCGGGCCGGGCGACGGUUGGCGAUCGUGGGGCUCGCGGACCUUCCGGAACCUUCGCCGUCUCUCUCGAGGCGGCGCUGACAGAUCCCCGGCCUCCCCCCUGGGGGGAGGAGGCGCCCCCCGCCCCCGGACCCACCGCACAGGCACCGAGCCCACCACGGCGGCAGCAGCUGCGGCCGAGCACACCACGUUCACUCUGGCCUCCUCCUCCUCUUCCUCCGACUCGGAGAGCGGCGGAGUGUCCCCGCCACCGCGGAAGAAGCAGCGAGCGGCGGCGACGGCGGCGGAGGGCGAGGGUGGGCCCGGGGCAGCGGGCAGCAGCGGAGCGCGACUAGGCCCCAGCAACCUCCCAGGUAACUUCGGCGGCCUGCUGGGCCCAGGAGGAGGAGGAGGCGGCGGCUCCGGGCGCCAGGCUCACGGCGUCAUGCAGGCCAACGGUAACCAAGGAGUCGGCGAGGCUCCUGCGGCACAGAACGGGGACGCGACGGGCCGGGACGGGCCGGCGGAGGAACCGGCCUCCCACGGCUCCGCCCCGGGCUUGGGCCCCGCGGCCGCUCACUCCAACGGGAUGCCCUCCUCCUCCUCCUCAUCGCUGGCCGCCACCACCCCCCUGGUGCCCGGGCCCGGCGGGGUGAGCACCGAUCAGGUCGCUUACAGGAAGAAAAAGCGCUUGUGUCAGAGCGACGAGGAUGUGAUUCGCCUGAUCGGACAACACCUGCACGGCCUGGGGUUGAACCAAACGGUGGAUCUUUUGAUGCAGGAAUCGGGCUGCCACUUGGAGCAUUCUUCCGCAACUAAAUUUCGCAAUCACGUUAUGGAGGGAGAAUGGGAAAAGGCUGAAAACGAUCUUAAUGAAUUGAAGUCAUUGGUGCAUUCACCUCAUGUGAUUAUGAAAAUGAAAUUCUUAUUACUGCAGCAGAAGUACUUAGAAUAUCUGGAAGAUGGCAAGGUUCUGGAAGCCCUUCAGGUCCUGCGUUGUGAACUGACUCCUUUGAAGUACAACACAGAGAGAAUACACAUCUUAAGUGGGUAUCUCAUGUGCAGUCAUACAGAUGACCUGAGGGCAAAGGCAGAGUGGGAAGGAAAAGGGACGGUUUCACGAUCAAAGUUACUUGACAAACUUCAGAUGUACCUACCCCCAUCAGUAAUGCUACCUCCACGACGCUUACAGACUUUACUGCGACAAGCAGUGGAACUGCAGCGGGACAGGUGCCUGUAUCACAAUACUAAGCUGGACGGAAAUCUAGACUCAAUGUCUCUGCUCAUUGAUCAUGUUUGCAGUAGGUGUUCCAGGGAUGAGUGUAGGGCCAGGGAGAUGGUAUCAGCCGUGGACCUGUUGUGGCGGAAGCAGUUUCCUUGCUACACACAACAGAUCCUCACAGAGCACUGCAAUGAAGUGUGGUUCUGCAAGUUCUCCAAUGAUGGCAGUAAGUUAGCAACAGGAUCCAAGGACACCACAGUUAUUAUUUGGCAGGUUGAUGCAGAUACUCAUCAGCUUAGACUGCAUAAAACUUUAGAUGGUCAUGCUUAUGGAGUAUCAUACUUGGCUUGGAGUCCAGAUGAUAAUUACCUUUUGGCCUGUGGCCCUGAUGACUGCUCCGAACUAUGGCUUUGGAAUGUGCAGACAGGAGAACUUAGGACCAAGAUGAGCCAGUCCCAUGAGGAUAGUCUAACAAGUGUUGCUUGGAACCCAGAUGGAAAACGUUUUGUGACAGGUGGUCAACGUGGGCAAUUUUAUCAGUGUGAUUUGGAGGGAAAUCUGCUGGAUUCAUGGGAAGGUGUGCGAGUGCAGUGCCUGUGGUGUUUAAACGACGGGAAAACAGUUCUUGCCUCAGACACACAUCAGAGGAUACGAGGCUACAACUUUGAGGACCUGACCGAUAGGAAUAUAGUACAAGAGGAUCAUCCUAUAAUGUCGUUUACAGUUUCAAAGAAUGGAAGAUUAGCCUUGUUAAAUGUAGCAACUCAGGGAGUUCAUCUAUGGGAUUUGCAGGAUCGUGUUUUGGUGAGAAAGUAUCAAGGUGUGACACAAGGAUUUUACACAAUUCAUUCAUGUUUUGGAGGCAACAAUGAAGACUUUAUAGCCAGUGGCAGUGAAGAUCACAAAGUUUACAUUUGGCAUAAACGAAGUGAACUGCCUAUAGCAGAGCUGACGGGACACACACGUACUGUAAACUGUGUGAGCUGGAACAUGCAAGUCCCAUCCAUGAUGGCUAGCGCUUCAGAUGAUGGUACAGUGAGGAUAUGGGGACCGGCGCCUUUCUUGGACAACCAGGAGUCUGAAGAAGGCUGUAGUAGCAUGGAUAGUUGACGGUGACUUUGCAACUUUGACUGAAAUUAAGUCACGGAACAAAAUCGCUUUAAGUUUGGCACAAACCAACUGCUAAUGAUCACUGGACAAACGUGCUCACGAUGAAACUCAUUCCAGGUCUUCUAACCAGCAUCUUACCGCCUUUCUUCAUAGUUACAUAUCCAGGAGAAGCAAUCUCGUUAGACCCCAAUGGGACACCAUUUUGAACUUUAACCAUUGGUUGUGAAGAAAUCGUGUUCCAUUGAACUCUGAUUCUUUUCUGCCUUUUUUUGCUCUGGCAAUCUAUCUUCUAUUUUGACACCAUGGAAUUUUAACUACUUGUUUGGGGUCUAACUCAUAGAAGGGUGAGGAAUGCUAGUCUGCAACAAACAUGCAGUAAAAUAGGAAAAAAAUGUCCUUUGUUUUCAAUUGGUUAGCCUGAAUAGUGGAACUAACUACAGCUCAGUCUAUGAACUACACCUGGGUCAUGUUGCCCUGGACUCUAUCUUUCAUUAUGGUAUUUUAGGGAGAAAAGGAGGAAGGUAUGUACAGAAUUUUGGGAGGGUUGAGAUCCAAAUUAUUGGCUGAAUCAUUUAAAUCUUUUCUUUGCACUCGCUCCCACAUCAUGGUCUUCCAUUUGUUUUAUAAUAAAUUCAUUUCAGUGUUUUUGAGGCUAUCGCAGCGGUGAAUUUUGUUUAAUUCACUGGUGGAGAUGCCACAUUCAUUUAUUUAGGGGUGAAAACACAAAUUUAUAGACUGUAAGAGUAUUUUGUACUGGUUCUUAUAUGGUAGUACAUGUUCUUUCAUUCAGAUUUGUAACACUACCUAUUUUUUUUUUGUAGAUAAAAUCAGUUGAUCUGGCAUGGUCGUACAAAUUAACUAGUUCACCGGUCCUAUUGGAUAGUUCUUGAUCUCAACUGGAGUUAGUACCAUGUUUCUCGAUAUGAAGGGGCAUGAGAUAGGAAAUACACAAUGUAUGUGAAGCGUGCAGCACUUUUUGAGCACCUAAGAUAGAUGGUAACAUAACAACAGUGGUUUGCCAGUAAGCCCUUUGCCAGCUUGCCUUCCAGUUGGAGACUGCUGCUGAGUAUGGGCAGGCUUGAAAUAGGGAAAGAAUGUAAAUGUUUAAUGAGGAGAAAUCGUCCCACAUCUUGACUUGUGCAAUAUAUUACCUUUCUUUGCUCUU